GUGCAAAUUCGGAGAGUGCCAAUGAUGACCCCAGAGCUAUCCUUUCCUACAUUGUCCCCAUUACCAUCCCAAGACAAAGGAGAGGACAAAUUUGAGAGAGGAAGAUUAAACUAAGAGGUUAACUGACACUAAUAUAUUUCUGCCAAAUCAUUUAUGAAAAUACACAGGAUGAACCCACUGUGGUUGGAUCAUCACUGGAUACAACUGUACUGCCAGUUUUUUAUUUCCUUGUCAGUUAUCAGAAGAGGGAAAUUCCAGCUGGGAAUUAUGCCAAGUAAAUCGAACAAUACAUCGGAUCUUACAGGAAUCAGAGACAGCAGGACUAUUCGCAAACAAAGAGAGUAUGCAUUCAAAGCUAUAAACCAGGGUGGCCUUACAACAGUGGCCGUGAGGGGGAAGGAUUCGGUCGUUGCCGUGACCCAGAAGAAAGUGGCAGACAAGCUCAUCGAUGCCAGUACAGUCACAAAUCUUUAUCAUUUGACUGACAAGAUUGGUUGUGUCAUGACUGGAAUGCUCGCGGAUUGCCGCUCCCAGGUUCAGAGAGCACGCUAUGAAGCCACGAAGUGGAAAUACAAGUACGGCUAUGACAUCCCAAUGGACAUGUUGUGCAAGCGAAUGGCUAGCAUCUGCCAGGUUUAUACUCAGAACGCGGAAAUGAGACCUUUGGGAUGUUGUAUGAUCAUGUUAGCGAUUGAUGAUGAGAGAGGACCCCAGCUUUACAAGUCUGAUCCUGCUGGUUACUACUGUGGCUACAAGGCUACCAGUGCUGGAGUCAAACAGAUAGAAGCCAGCAGCCACUUGGAGAAGAAGAUUAAAAAGAAGCCAGAUCUGACCUACAAGGCCACUGUAGAGCUCGCUAUUUCCUGCCUGUCCACCGUCUUGGCACUUGACUUCAAAGCCACGGAGAUCGAGGUCGGGGUGGUGACAGCAGAUAAUCCCAAGUUCAGGACCCUCAGUGUGACAGAGAUCGAAAAGCAUCUCGUGGACAUUGCAGAAAGAGAAUAGUUCCUUCAAGCGUUCGAGAGAACCGCAGUGAAACUAAACUCAACCAUAAUGAGGAAGGAGGAAGACAAAUCCAGGGAGACUUGAAGCAAGAAAACUGGGUCAGGAUGUUUAAAAAAAACCCUCCAUCUCUCAUUCUUUCAACCCACUUUAAAUACACUGGACUCUGGAUAGAAAACUUCCAGCAAUUCAAAAACAAAACUGCUGUAACUUUUGUAAAGAGUUCAUUAUCUAAUUAAUACAAGACUCAGCACAGCUCCGAAUAAAAGGGGAAUUUAACAUACAAA